CUGACGUGGGCGGCAGCAGCCCUCCGUGUCCCGCGCCGACGGCUGUUUAUUUUUAAGCCUGACGCUCUUCUCCCAGCGCAUUCUUCUCGGCGCGAAGUGCGGUGCCCGCCAGUUAUUUCGGGCACGGACCGGCCGGCGAGUGUGUGGAGGUACAAAAUAAUUUUUACAUUCCCAGCAAUAUUAAGACACCGUCCACGUUAAAACAUGGGUGACUACUACACGCCUGAGCCUACUGUGUUUCCUGCAUCUGGUUUCAAUGCUGCAGAAGACGGAAUGGCCUUAAGAACUGCCAUGAAAGGCUUUGGAACCGACGAGCAGACAAUCAUUGACAUUCUGACUCACCGUUCUAAUAGUCAGCGCCAAGAAAUCGCAAAAUUUUUCACUGAAGAGUAUGGAAGGAAUCUUAUUGAUGAUUUGAAAAGUGAAUUGGGAGGCCAUUUUGAAGAUGUUAUUGUGGCAUUGAUGGUCCCUCAUGUUGAUUACUUAUGCAAACAGCUCAAUAAAGCAAUGGGUGUGAGGAAUGACUUAUCUGUGGAUCGGGACAGGGCUCGAGAGGCUGCUGAACAACUCUAUGCUGCAGGAGAGCUUAAGUUUGGAACUGAUGAAGAAGUGUUCAAUAAAAUUAUGGCUCAUGAGAGUUUUCCACAGCUUAAACUGAUAUUUGAAGCCUAUAAAGAAAUUUCUGGACGUACUAUUGAGCAGGCACUUCAGAAUGAGUUGUCUGGAGAAUUGUUGGAUGCUAUGUUAGCCAUAGUUGAAAAUGUACAACACCCUCCAACAUUUUUUGCUAAAAGAAUUCAUGAUGCUUGUGAAGGUAUGGGAACAGAUGACAAAACAUUGAUCAGAAUUAUUGUAAGUCGAAGUGAAAUUGACCUGGGUAAUAUAAAAAGAGAAUUUGAAAGACUAUAUGAUAAAACAUUAGAAAGUGUUGUGAAGAAGGAGAGGCAGAAAAAGGACAGCAACGACAGUCCCAAUUCCGCGUACACAAAACGUAAACACCAAAACGGCGCGAAGUGCCGGGUUCAGCGGGACGUCCGGCCAAGCCGCGCCGUUGCGUUCUUACCGCGGCUCCGUUUCCACCGACGCGUGAAGGCCGGAUGCCGGCGCGGCGCGGCGCGGCGGUUUCACCCGUGGCCUCGAGACAGAGCCGGGAAAUGCCUGCGCGCGGGCGAAGGAAGCCACAGAGCGCAGCCAGUGUUGGGUUCGCGCUCAGAGAAUCCGGUCGGCCGCAGCGGUUGGUGGGUGGGACCGGCGCAGUUCAGACCGGAAGAGGAGUUCAGUGGAACGUCUCGAGCCAUUUUGCCGGUGCCCACCGUUCGGCCAGUAUCGCCUUUCAACCCUUCUGAAGAUGCAGCAACUCUGCGGUCAGCCAUGAAGGGGUUGGGAACUGAUGAACAAACAAUCAUCGAUAUUAUUACCCAAAGAACCAACAGCCAGCGCCAAGAGAUUGCUAAACAUUUCUCUCAAGAAUAUGAAAGGGAUAUUAUUGAAGAUUUGAAGAGUGAACUGGGAGGUCAUUUCGAAGAUGUUAUUCUGGCUUUGAUGGUCCCCAAAGCUGAUUAUUUGUGCAAAGAGCUCAAUAAAGCUAUGGUUGGUGCUGGAACUGAUGAAAAUACCCUAAUUGAAAUUCUCUGCAGCAAGACUAACAAGGAGAUCAAAGACAUGGUUGAAGCAUAUGAACGCUGUAUAACAGGAAAUUUAAAAGGGGUGAGAAAUGACUAUUCUGUUGAUGCUGGAAGGGCAAAAGAAGCUGCUGAAGAGCUUCAUGCAGCAGGAGAGCUCAAAAUAGGUACAGAUGAAGAAGUGUUUAACAGAAUCUUAGCUCAUGAGAGUUUCCCACAGCUAAAACUCAUUUUUGAAGCAUAUAAAGAAAUUUCUGGCCGAACCAUCGAGCAGGCUUUGCAAGAUGAAAUUUCAGGAGACUUACUGGAAGCAAUGUUGACAAUAGUUGAAAAUGUUCAGCAUCCUCCAACAUUCUUUGCCAAACGUUUACAUGAUGCUGUAGCUGGAGCAGGUACUGAAGAUAAAACUCUCAUCAGAAUAAUUGUUUGCCGAAGUGAAAUUGAUCUGGAAAGUAUUAAAAGAGAGUAUGAAAAACUUUAUGACAAAACCUUGGAAAGUGUUGUUACAAAUGAGACAUCAGGUGAUUACAAGCGAGCUUUGCUUGCUUUGAUUGGAGGGCCGUGAAUCGGAUAAAAUUCAUCCAAUUUUUAAUUCAGUGUCAGUAAAUGGAAGUGUAGUUCUAAAAAAAAUAUUUUACUUCAAGAAAAAACAACUCUCAUUUAUUUAUAUAUUACUUGGUAUGUCCUUUCAUAAUUUUAGGAAAUACAUUUUUUUAUGAAUGGUAGUGAAACUUCAAUUGAUAAGAGAAAAAAAUAUUUAUAGAAGUUGUGAGGUAGUGUUACUAAAUUAUGUAAACUGUUUAGUUAAAAAAGGUUCACAUUGUGAAAUAAAAUGUUACAAAUUCUCAAGGAUGCAAGAACAAGCAAAGCUGUGAAAUAUUAUUUGUCUAGAGUAGUUAAGUUAAUGUCACUUUUUAUUUUAAAAUGUUAUCUUAGGUAUUUGGAAUUCAAUACAGUUAUAAAUGGAAAAUUAUUGUUUUCUGUUCCAAAUGCUAUUACAGGAAAGAAAAGGUGCCUUUCACUGCUUGUCUUUGCUUGGUAUUGAAUGCUCAUAUAAACAUGUACAAAUGUAUUAUCAAGAAAAAUUCAAAAUAUACUAUAUGGAAAAAGACAUUGGAGUAUUUUGUAGUUAUAAGUUAACUCUUCUUCUCGUCAAAAAGAUUAUUUUCAAUUAGGUUUGUAUUCUGCUAAAGUGAUUUCACCCUGAGAUUUGAGGGAAGAGCCCUCUGCGUGCCCUUUACUUAAAAGCUCUCUCGGUUCAGUUGUAAGCAUAGUGAAUGAAUGCAAAGAUGUGAUGCAAUUGAAUGAUAGAAAUGAAAUAAAUGUUAUAGAAACAUUCCUAGUAUGACAAAAGUUGGUAAAUCUAAUGUUUUCUUUACUCAAGAGCAAAAUGAAAUCUAUUAACUUGCUUUGCAUCUGUGAUACAUUUUGCCUGCGUGGUACUGAGGCCCAAUUGUGAAUCUCGACUAGUGUCAAUGUAAAAGAGGAUGAGGAUAAAUCAAGGUUAUUAAAUCAUGAAAAUAUGGAAAAAAGAAGUUUAAAAUAUGUCACUAAAACGUUUAGAACUCGAAAAGAAGUUUAGAAGCCAUGGGUCCAGUCUUAUGAGCUAAAGCAAUUCAAGUAUGUACCUAUGUAACAUACAGAAGAGAUGGCGUGACGAAAUUAAUUAUGAAAAUGUUCUUAAGAGUAUAAAAGUGAAUAAAUACACAGAGUUAAGUGAAUCGAAGAGUUGAACCUUGGAUUUGACCUAUCGCACGUUCAAUGGAAGGAAAACUCUAAAGGGAGACCAAAAGUGGAAUAAGCAGAUAGGGGAUUGUUGAAGAUAAAAAAUUGUACUGCAUUUGACGAAUAAAUGAAAAAGGGAGCACAGAAGAGGUCCGUGGCAGGCGUCUACAGAAUUUGCGCACCCGAUGCACCAGCUGCGGACCAGAAGAGUGCGCCGCUCGCUCCCACUUCGAGCAGUGUGGCUGACGAUGGGGUCGCCAGGAUGAAAAGUGAUACUCUCGGGAAUCUGUGCUUUGUGGAAAGAGUGCUGGCCUGUCGCGAGCGACAUUCUAACGACAACAGGCUUACGGGUUAACAGAAAAGUAAAUAACUCAUAUACUUCCUAUUAGGCGAGGAUGUAUGACGCAAUGAUCCUGUUUUCAUGUCCUUUUAGUAUAGGUUUGUUUUACUAAAAGUUCAGAGAAAAUAUUAAACUUUUUAUAAUAAAUAAAAAUUAAAAAAUGUUAAUUUUAAGAAAUUAAAUUAAAAAUUUAAAAUCUCUCACGGCAGCCCGUCGUGAAGGUUUGCAUAUUCCAGAGGCUCGAAAUUUACUUUUCGUUGCGUUCAGACAAUAGCAAACUUUCACGGCUGUACGUUGACCCGAACAUUGACAUAACUUUUGCUGCUUGCUUACGAGGAACGAUUAUUCAGUUGAUAGUAAUAAGCGAACUGAGCCGGCUGCUUAAAGUGAUAGCAAACAGAGGCCUUCCGACGAAUCAGCAGAUCUCACACAGACACUGCUUGCGCCGCCGGUCCGCAGUUGGCUCGCCGGCGCCGUGACCCCGGAAUGACGAGGCCUGGUCCAAACGAAAGCUCACGAUUCUCAGCGACUCACCUUUUUAGACUACUUUCGUACUACCAUCACUAUUCUCACUUUCUUUUACCAAAUUAAAUUAUUCAUUUAAAUUUUCUAAAAACAAUAUUUUAAAAGAAUUAAUUAAUUUUUUUAUUUUAUAAUCGCGAAAGUGUGAUUAUUAUUUAAAUGUAAGGAGGAACAUUGAGAAAACCGUCAACACAAUUUGUAACUAGUGGAGGUAAAAUGAAUUAUGUCCAACAGAGUUCCAAAAAGCUCCAAAUAUUGAACAUAAAUGAAAGCAUAUGUUACAAUCAGAGGUUAUGAUAUAGUACAUACGCUGUUUAUUGGACAUCGACAUAGCUAUCGACGCCUCCUAAAAUAGACGAGCCACAGUUUAUGAUUGUCCAUAGGUAGAAGCGGUAAGAAAAAUCGGAUAGAAAACGCGUUAAACUUUUUGAGAUACACAGCC